AUGUCAUCCAGCGCCAUCACAGAUUCCAUUCGGGAAGUCAACGAAAACACUUGGGUCAUUGGCGAUACUCUUCUACUGUCCCGCCAAGCCUCACCUUCGCCGGCCUCUUGGAGCGAUAGCAAUGGCCUCUUCUUCACCAUUUCUCAAAUGAGCUCCCCUCCGCCCCAGACUCGGCCAAUUGACGACAAAUUUGUCAUUCAACUCAUCCAUAAUGUCGGGGAAAAAUCAGCAGUCUGGAGAAUCGGCGAGGCGUACUGUAAGGUGAAGGCUGUGGAAUACACCGGCUGCACACUAGAGCACACCACUUUACGCUUCGUUCAGGAAAAACGACCUACAGCAUUCAAGGUGCCAUCUGUGAUUUAUCACGAAGAGCAUCAUGGACGGUAUUUCAUCAUCCAGAGCCGAAUGGAAGGAGAAAUCAUGGCGGAAGCGUGGUGGUCAAUGGAUGAGGAAGCGAGAGACGUUUGCGUUAGUCAGAUGGUCAGCGUUUGCAAAGAGUUGGCUUCAUGGAAGGGUGAUGCCAUCUGCGGCGUUGAUGGGCUUCAUCUUUCAGAAGAACGCCUGGCAUCUGGUAAAGAGCCGGACAUGAGUCCUGAGGCUCUUCUGAAAAACUGCAAGGAACUGGGGAUGGAUUGCUCUUCAUUCAGCUUCUUCCACUGUGAUAUGGGCCCGGGAAACGUCAUUCGUGAUCGCACAAACGGAUCAAUUGGGAUCAUUGAUUGGGAAACGGCCGGCUAUGUUCCUAAGGAGUGGAUAAGGACUAAAUUCCGCGUCUCCAUGGGCCUGAACCUCCCUGGCCGAGACGAUGACUCGAAGAAUGAUUGGAGACGAAGAAUCCAGCAGCAGCUGGGAAAAGAAGGAUUCAACGAUGUCGCAGGUGCGUGGAUGGUAUGGUCAAGUGGUAAAAGACAGUUGUGA